AUGGUUUGUAAUAAAGACCGAAAUGACAGUAUGAUGUUUGUGGAUAUUAUGAGCAGAUUAUGAAUAAAUGUUCAAGAUAUAAGAAAUCAAGAGACAAUUUCAGUUACGGACAUAAUUCGAAAGUUGGAGAGACAAGACUUCUUUUAGGAAGAAAGUUAUAGAAUUGGAAUAAGUACUAACAAGUUUAUAGGUAGAGUUAUUCGUAACCAAAGAAAAGGUGCUGGUUCUAUCUUCACCUCGCACACCAGAUUAAGAAAGGGUGCUGCCAAGUUAAGAACUUUAGAUUAUGCUGAACGUCACGGAUACAUUCGUGGUAUUGUCAAGCAAAUCAUCCACGAUCCAGGUAGAGGUGCUCCUUUAGCCAAGGUUUCAUUCCGUGAUCCAUACAAGUACAAAUUAAGAGAAGAAACCUUCAUUGCUAACGAAGGUGUCUACACUGGUCAAUUUAUCUACGCCGGUAAGAAGGCUUCUUUAAACGUCGGUAA